AUGGCCAUUUCUCCUUCAUCUAAGAAGAAGAAGAAGAAUACGAAGAAGAGCAGCACUACCAACAGCACUAAGACAACGCGGACAACUGAGUCGGAUUGCUCAACUGCUCCAGCUCUCAGUCCAAAACGUCGCCGCAACAGUGCGCCUGGAGUUCGACUCAUUCACAACCGAAUCUAUGAUUCUCAUAACGGCAAAACUUGUCACCAGUGUAGACAAAAAACAACGGAUUUUGCAGCAUCAUGCAAGAGAAAGAUCAAUGAUAAGCAAUGUACCAUCCAUUUUUGUCACAAAUGCCUCUUGAACAGAUAUGGAGAAAAGGCCGAAGAGAUGGCUUUGUUAAGUGAUUGGACUUGUCCGAGAUGUAGAGGGAUUUGCAACUGUAGUUUCUGCAUGAAGAAGCGAGGUCACCAGCCUACUGGCAUCCUCGUACGUGCAGCAAAGGCGAAUGGGUUUACCUCGGUCUCGGAUAUGCUGCUUCUUAAGGAUUCUGAAAGAUCAGGUUCUGAAGAGAUCAACGAUGCACCUGUAUUGUCCAGAAAGCGAAAAGCUGCAGAUAAGGAAUGUGGAAUAGAAAAAACUGGCAACUGCGAAAAGGAAAGUAGUUUUAAAGGGUCAAAUGGUUCGAUACAAGCCAAUGAUAAAACGGCUGCAACUAGAAAUACCAAGUUGAAAAAACUGAGAAGCAAGAAUAGAGAGGAAAUCGUACCCGAAAGCAAUGAUGCGGAUUUCUCAACCCAAAAGAUUACUCCCAAAAAGUGUAAAAUCUCCAAUAAGGCUUUGUCCGAAGGAGAAGUGAUUUCUGACAUGAAUACUGCCAUCCAACUAAUUGACAUGAAGGUCUCUAAGAAGUGUGAUCAUGUAGAAGAUGAAAUGCUAAACAAUUCAGACCCCAUAGUAAUGAACAAGCCAAUUAGUAAGUCUCCAAAUCCUAAGAAGAAAAAUGUAGAAGUUAAAAGUGAGGCUUCUGAUGACGAUAUCAUACUGCCUCAAGGCAAAUUACUAAACUGUAUUAAUGGCAUUGACUUGCCUGCUGAGGAUGUCGGCCAUGCCUUGCAAUUUCUAGAAUUUUGUGAAGCUUUUGGAGAGGUUCUCAAUUUGAAAAAAGGACAAUCUCAACUGUUACUUAGCGAGUUAUUUAUCGGAAAAAGCAAACGCAAACACAAACUACAAUAUCCUUUGACUGUGCAGUUUCAUAAUCAACUGCUUUCCAUGAUGCAAAAGGAUUUGGGAAAAGAGUAUCCUUGCCUUAGUCAGGAUUCAUGGGUUCAAGUUCUUGGAGAAUACAUCCUUGGUUCUCAAACUCUGUUAAAACAGUCACUGUUGGAUUGCUUAGAUGUCAGUAAUGAUAGAUAUGAGAAAUUAAAUUCCUCUAAAAAACUCAGGCUCUUAAAUUUUCUAUGUGAUGAAGCUCUUGGCACCACAGAAUUUAGAAGCUGGAUCGAUGAACAAAACUCGAAAUUCGCUGCAAAAGAAAAGAAAGCAAAAGAAAAACUUCUUAUUCUGAGGGAGAGGGAGAGAAACAUGGAAAAAGAAAUGAAGAAGAAGUUGCAGAAUGAGAUAGCCAAAGCUAUUAUCAAGAAAAAUGGUGCUCCUUUUUCCAUUUCAGAGAAUGAAGCCCUUAUUAAAAGAAUAAAGUCGGAAGUUGCCCAAACUCUUGCAAGUACAUUGGAGGUGCCCGAGACAGUGGAUGAGGAGGUGAUGCUGAAAGAGGACUGUCGAUUAGAUGCUGUUCGGUCAGAGCCAAUACGUCAGGAUGGCCAUGGUAACAAAUUUCUCAAAUUCUGGAGGUUGAGCGGCUACUUUGGCGAGACAGAUGUUCUGCUUCAAGAUAUCGAGGCCGGGGAUUCAGUUGCAGCUAAAGAAAGAUGGUACACCUACAGCACCGAACAGAAAGCUAUGGUCGAGAAACAUUCUUCAUCUUCAGGAAAUGAGCAAAUCUAUAUGCCUCAUGUAGUUUCAAUAUAAUACAGUAGUUACUGU